UAUGUUUAAUUAUAAUAUUAUUAAUGAUUAUAAAAUCUAGUCUAAGACUGUGCAGAUUUUUUCCCAGUUCGACUAAAUUAAGGGUGAAAAGUUCGUUUACUAAAUCACAAUUUAGAAUGCAAGUCUUCACACAGAAGAGAAACCCUAUAACGGGUAGUACAGAGUGGGAUGUUCAGCAUGAAGAUUACGAUUAUCACCAGGAGAUCGCACGGAGUGCAUUUGCCGAUAUGUUGCACGACACUGAAAGAAACAAAAAGUAUUAUAGAGCUUUACAGUUGGCUAUAGAGAAAAUGCAUAAAGAUGGUAGAAAAGCUAAUGUCUUGGAUAUAGGUACUGGAACAGGGUUGCUAUCAAUCAUGGCAGCUAGAUGUGGAGCCGACUCUAUCACGGCAUGUGAAGCAUUCAAACCAAUGGCUGAGUGUUGUGAGCAAAUUUUGCAUAAUAAUGGAGUAGCUGAUAAAAUUACUCUUAUACCCAAACGGUCAACUGAGAUGACUGUUGGUGAAAAUGGGGAUAUGAAGGAAAAAGCUAAUAUUUUGGUCACAGAAGUAUUUGAUACUGAAUUGAUUGGAGAAGGUGCUCUUUCUACAUUUUCACAUGCACAUAAAUAUCUUCUUGAAAAGGACUGUAUAGUGGUUCCUGACUCUGCUGUCAUUUAUGUACAAGUAGUUGAGUGUCCCAUUAUGCAGAAAUGGAACAAACUUAAUGAUUUGGCUGAUGAAGAAUUGGAGAUUAUUUUGAGAACACCACAAAAGAUGAAAGACUGUGCGGGUUCUGCUGCAGUUCAUGAUAUUCAGCUAUCCCAGCUUCCGCGGCAAGCAUUCCGUGAGCUCUCCGAGCAAAUUCCCGUAUUCUAUUACGAUUGGUCAGGGCGUACUCCGAUAGACAUGAAGAGAACAGUCAAACAACAGUUCGUCGUUACAGAUACUGGGCGCGCACAAAUGGUUUUUAUGUGGUGGGAACUGAAUAUGGAUACUGAAGGCAAGAUAUGUCUCAGCUGCGCACCAUGGUGGACUCAUCCUGAUGCUGAUUCAGCGUCUGAAAGACCACAGGAUACAAUACCUUGGCGAGAUCAUUGGAUGCAAGCAGUCUAUUACCUUCCGCAAGAACUAACUCUACAGAAAGAUGUGGAAGUCACUUUGAUCUCCUGCCAAGAUGAAUACUCACUAUGGUUUUAUUUAGAAGAUGAAAAAUUAAAACAUAAACAUUAUAAAAGACCAAUAUGCGAAUGUGGCGCACAUAUGGCAUUAUCGAGAACGCAUGUGUCAUAUUUAAAUGACGGCAGACGAAGUAAAAAAUUCUUGUCACAAUUGAGACAGGAUAUUGGAAAGGAGUCCGUUGUUUUAGAUUUGAAUGGAAGCAGUUUUAUGGGUUUGGCAGCGGCAAAAAUAGGCGCGAAACAUGUAUAUAUUUAUGAAAGUUUAAAUCUGAAUAUUGGGUUCUUGACGGACUAUAUUAGUGAGAAUAGUUUAAGUAAUGUUACAAUUAUAUCCAACAUAGAGGAUAGUAUUGUUAUGGAGGUUACAAAUGUUAUAGCCGAUCCCAGUUUCUGUAAUGCGCUAUUACCUUGGGAGAAUUUGAAGUUGGCAUAUAUUUUGUACAAACUCAGAAGUAAGUUACGAAAUGAUGUAUCCGUUAUACCUGAGAGCUUUGAGUUUUGGGGGAUGCCAGUGGAAUUUCAGGAUUUACACAAGAUAAGAAUACCAUUGGAUAAAUGCGAGGAUAUUGAUAUGACCACAUUUGAUAAUCUUGUUGAGAGUUCACGAAUAAUAAGUGAUGCGGAUAUUGAACCACAGCCUCUUUGGGAAUAUCCUUGCAAAAGUCGGGGCCUACCUCGGAAACUUCUGGAAAUUGAUAUGCGAGUGUUAGAGUCGACGUUCGCUACAAAUGAUACACACCCACUACUGGAUACUGAUUGUGAUGAAGUGCAAUCUAUAAACGGAUUUGUCCUAUGGGUCGCGUGGAAGAUUGGCGGAAAGCCGGUGAGUGCGGGCCCGCUCGAGUGGCCAGCAGUCGGUGAGACGGUACAAUGGGACAUGCACACUAGACAGGCUGUUAAAAUAUUGAAAAAAGCUCACAAAGUUGGCAGUACAGAUAAAUGGAGUUCUCAAGUAGUCUGCAAUUUGGAGAAGGGACAAUUCAAUGUAGACAUAAACUUGGUCAUUAAUGAACAAUAAUAUGAAUAAUAUGGAUAUUCAAAUUCAGAUUCGAAUAUAUA